CAUUAAUAUUCUCCCUUGAUUUACUGUUGUGUUGUUCUACACAUUCGCCAUCACCAUCGCAUGUAUUGCUCAACCACUCCCUAUACUCGCGCCAUUUGUAUUGUGCACGUUAUCCUUUCUCCUUUUUUCGUUGUGCUUCCUGAAUGUCUGCAUCUAUUUUCUCGUGCCACCCUCGGCCUCACCGUCUCAUCCGGUGCUCAGUUGCGGUGUCGCUGCCUCAGUAUCUUCGCUUUGUUGCCGGCGGUGCUAGAUCUGCGUCUCUCUUCCAUAUUUUCUUUUAAAAAAAACCUGUAAUCCAAGAACCCCGGUUCGGUUCGAUUUACCGGUUUCCGAACGGUUUUGUGGUUCGUCACCGGUUUAAAGACAAGGAAAUUUUGCUAAACAGUCGACCCGAACUAGAGUUUGAUUUUUGAUUAAACCGCUUUGACCAAUUGGUUCGGUCAAGUUUUCAGAAUAAGUGAAAUAACCCAUCUUUACUUCUUCAGCAUGUUUCUUCUAACGUCUUUUUUCUCUUUUCCCUUUUAUUCGUUGUGCUCGUUUGGUAAUCUUUAUUUAUUAUUAUUUGUACUCAGUUCAUAACCAUAAAUAUCUUGCCACAAAUUUUGAAUCCUAUUCGAUUUCAAUCUCACGACAAAAGUGUCAUCGUCCUUUGUUGUCACCGCCACAACCACCAUUCUAACCUUCUUCCACUUGUUUCUUUUCAUACUUCAACCCUAACCUAUCUUUUCAGUUUUACUCUUUUAUUCUCUCUAUUCUUUUUGGUUACAACCUGUUCUACCUUAAUUGGAGAGCUAAUAGAAUCAAUCCGUAAACCUUCCUUUGCUUCUCGGUAACAUGACAGAUAACCAAGAACCCAUGAUUACAGAUGGGACGAUCACAAAAUUACCAUUGACUAAAUACCAGCGUUGGCAAUGGUGGUUCCUGGUUGCACUUAGCAUAUUCUUUCUUAUUGUUGGCCAAGCUGCUGCUGUUCUACUUGGAAGAUUCUAUUAUGAUCAGGGUGGCAACAGUAAAUGGAUGGCUACUCUAGUCCAAACUAUUGCCUUCCCAAUAUUAUAUAUUCCAUUCUUCAUAAUUCCCUCUUCUCCUGAAACUUCAACUUCUUCAGCUCCUCCUUCCAUCAAAAUCAUUGCCUCAAUAUAUUUUGUUCUCGGGAUAGUAAUCGCUGCCGAUAACAUGAUGUAUUCAGUUGGGCUCCUAUACCUCUCCGCAUCUACCUAUUCACUAAUUUGUGCAUCCCAAUUAGCCUUCAAUGCAGUUUUCUCAUACUUUAUCAAUUCCCAAAAGUUCACUGCUUUGAUUAUAAACUCUGUGGUGGUUUUAUCAUUAUCUUCUGCGCUUCUUGCUGUUAACGAAGACAAAUCAGAACCGUCGGGUGCUUCCAAGAGAAAAUACAUUCUUGGCUUCCUCCUUACCCUUGGAGCUUCCGCGGUUUACUCUCUUUUGCUCUCCCUCAUGCAACGGACAUUCGAAAAGGUCCUUAAAAGGGAAACAUUUUCCGUUGUUUUGGAGAUGCAAAUCUAUACUUCACUUGUUGCCACUUGUGCUUCCACUGUAGGCCUAUUUGCAAGUGGGGAAUGGCUUACUUUGCACGGAGAAAUGGAGACUUUUGGGAAGGGACAUGUCGCGUAUGUGAUGACUUUGGUUUGGACCGCAGUAGCCUGGCAGGUUUGUUCUGUUGGUGUUGUUGGCCUUAUCUUCUUGGUGUCGUCGCUAUACUCGAAUGUUAUUAGUACUGUCUCUUUGGCGGUAACCCCUAUUGCUUCUCUUGUAGUUUUUCAUGAUAGCAUGAAUGGGGUGAAGAUAAUUUCAUUGCUUUUAGCUCUGUGGGGUUUUGCCUCUUAUAUCUAUCAGAAUUAUCUUGAUGAUACAAAAGCAAGAAAAAGACAAGCUGUUGAACCGAAAUCACGCAAUGAUUCUUUAUGUUGAGACUAAUUAAUUAGGAAGCAUAACCAAAGAGAUGCAAUUAAAUGACCCUUUUAGUUUUGGUUUUGAAUCAUUCAGUGUAGCUUAUGGUUGCUUUAGGUCUUUAUAGCCGGAGUUAGUAUAGUUAUGGUUCUUGAUCAUUAUAGAUUUUGAUCUAUACUUCAUUUGGCUCCUAAUAAAUGUAAAGGUUAUAUUUUGUGCCUCAUUGAUUUAAUUUAAAGUACUCCUUUUUGGAUGGCUUUUGUGAUCAAUUGAAAUUUAAAUUUGGUGGUUUUGUUGGAAA